AUGGUCCGCCUCUUCCAGCAGCGCACCAACAAUUCCCACGGACACGUCCACGCCCACGCAGCCACAGGAGCGGCCAACGAACGAUCCGCGGAUCGCUCGCACGGCCACAACCAUGGCCACAACCACGGCCACAUCCACGGUGGUCAUGUGGAGCAGAUCGAGCUGCUGAUCGACGAGAAGUGCCGCAUUCUGAACAAGACGGGCACGCCCAAGUCGAGCGCCCUGCACCUGGCCAACUGGAUGAAGGGUCAGCUGGACAAGCAGCAGCAGCAGGCGCGACUGGCGGCCAUCGCCCGUUCGCAGGAGAAUGUGAGCGCCGAGGACGAGCAGCUGAUCUUCAACAGCGACAGCGAGCAGGACGAACGCAUCACGUACUGGACGCGCCAGCAGCUGGAGAAGCGCACCAAGGAGCUCAAUCUGGCCAAGGAAAAUGGCGGCCUAUCCGCCAGGCCCAAUUUCGGGGGCAAGCGACUGAGUGGCGUCGAGGAGCUGAGCAUGAGCGCCACCUCGGAUAUAUACUCCACGUCGGAGGCGGAGGGCGUGACCAGCGUGAUCAGUCAGUCGCACAGCACCACAUCCGACAGCCAGAUCACCGUACGCUCGAGUCCCAUUGUGCUGGACAAGCUGGCCGUUUGCCGUCACUGCCACAAGAAUUGCCAGCAGAGCGGACCGGGCGCAGUGCGUCCUGGCGGCGGCGGCGGCGGAGGUGGAGGUGGAGUGAACAACUCCAGUUCCACGCCCGUGCUGCUCUGCAAUUCGCUGAAGGUGCAGCACAGCCAAUCGUCGCCAAAUCGCUGCUGCAAGCUCAGCAAUGGCAUUGCAGCAGGUGCCUCGGAAGUGGCCAUGCCGAGGAUGAGCAAUCGAACUGGAACGGGCACCGGCACGGGCACGGGCAGCGUGACCAGCAUGUCCAGCAGCACCAUUACGGGGGAGCUGUCCUCCAAGGUGGUGGCCAGUAGCAGUCGUCGGGAAACCGGCGACACGGAGAGCGACGUGGCCCAACUGAUAACCGAUGAAAUUUCCCAAUCGCAAUCAGAGGCCACCGAUGACAGCGUCGGUGCGAUGCCCAACAGCAGCAGCAGUGCCGGCGAAGGAAUCCCACUCAUCACCGGCGCCAAGCUACGUCAUCUAGAUCCGCCAGCCUCAGUUUCAUCCUUGCCCAAUGGCCACUGCUCCGCUGGCGUCGGUGGUACUGGUGGUGCUGGUGGUGGUGUUGGUGGUGGUGGUGGUUCGCCAAAACCGCUGCCACCACCACGUCGCACCCGCGUUGUGGCCCAAUUGUGCCAGGAGCCACCGAGGCCAAAGGCCAACCAGCAGGUGAAGGCCAUUGUGACCAUCACGGAGACGGCCAGGAUAAUGCGGAGCAGUCCAACGAAAGGCACGGGUUCGGGAUCGGUAUCGGGAUCGGUAACCGGCACCGGCACCGGCUCCGGCUCGGUGGGUGGUUCCCCAGGCAAAUAUGCCGCCUGCCACUGCCGCUGCACUCCGGAGGACUUCACCCACGCCCAGCUCUCGCCGGACAAAAUGGAGCAGCAGACCUGCAAGCUGCUGGAGUCCCCGAAGCAAACGACCACCACACUGGAGCAGAAACAGGAGGACGAACAGUUGUCCCUGAUGCUCAUUGGCCUGGCUCAGCUUGCGCCAGCCGCCACGCUCUGUGGGCAGGAGAGGCUCUCCUCCAAGGAGGAGAAUGGCACACCCACCAUAGCCGUGGUGCCGCCCACGCCGGAUUCGGUGCUCACGAAGACCAGCACCCACGUGUGGGACAACAGUGGCUGCUCCUCGAACGGCGGGGGCACGUCCACCACCAGUACCGCCACCACCACAACCAAACAGCCCAGGCAGGCCAUUAUUGAGAACAUACCGGAGGACUCGUGUGACGAGUCGCCAUUGGAUGAGGAGCCACCCUAUCGACCCAUGAGCAGUGCCCUGCGCCGAUUCGGCACCAUGUCCAGCUUGGAGAAACUUCCUUCCGACGACCGCAUGGAUGAGGCCGACGAGCUGGAUGAUGACUUGGAGUCCUUCAAGCCGAAUGGCCACGACGGCAACGCUGCCCAAGACGAGCAAGAUGACGGGGAUGCGGAUGCGGAUGCGGAUACAGAUGCGGGCUCGGAACGAGCACUGGUACAGAACGAUCUGGGGGCGGCCAGUUCAUCGGGAGUGCUGGUCAAUGGCGAGGUGCUGGCCAGUGGCGCGUGGACAAAUCGGGCGGGCGCGUAUGUCUCCGACAAGAUGUCCUUCUUCGAGGAGUCGCGCGCCUUCAUUGACAAGUACUUGGGCCGCUGGAAUGCCGGCGACAGCAUUCCGCAGCAGCAGCACCAGGGCACCGCCUCGGAGACGGACGAGCAGAUGGACGAGUGCACCUCGGGAGCCACCAGUGGCGAGGAGGUGUGGGGCACGCCCACCAGUGGCGGCGACAACGAUGAUCAGGACAUGCAUCUGAUCAACUCGGAGAACACGCAUUCGUCGCCAACCAAGUCGAGCACCUCCUUGAACGACGACGACGACACGGAGUUGAUGAUGGACGAGCUGUUGAUGGCGCCACCGAUGACAGCCAGCACGAUUCGGGGACUGUUGCCACGUUAUGCCAUCGACACACAAUCAACAACAACACAUCGAUCGACUGUUGCUAAAUUCCAAUUGAAAUUCGUUUGCAUUCGCCAUACACCACACGUAUUAUCGAAAUCGUAUAUCGUAUAUCGUAUAUCGUAUCCGUAUCCGUAUUGUCGACGUACGUACUUGACGUACUAUAGACGUCGCCUUGAGCCCCUUUUUGAGGAGGAGACGGAGAGCGACGAAGAGAAGACGCAGCAGGAUAGCGAUGACGUCAAAAAGGGGGAAGCAACGACCAAUGGCCACUACCUAGAGGAUUCGGCUGGAAGUUCAAGCGACAGCGAGGCGGCGCCACCAGCCCCACCACCAGCUCCUCGGCCAGUGGUGCCGGAUCGGGAGGAGGAUCCGUCGGCGGCGGACAUGCAGGCGAAUCUGGCGAUGGCGGACCUGGUGGACCAGGAGGAGCAGGAGGACUCGCGCUCCUGCAGCGUGGAGCGACUGCAUCCGAAUCUGGCCACGAGUGCGAUGGGGCCGCGUCCUUUGCUCACCACCCGCCUGCUGCCCACCACGGCCAUCGAUCCUCAGCCUCAGUCUCAGCCUCUGCCGCCGGCAGUGCUGGUGGCCUCAUCCUGCGAGUAUCUGCUCGAUCAGCGCCCCUCGAGCGGAUCAGGGCGCGAUCUCAGCGGCGGGAGCCGCUGCAGCAGCACCACCACCACAACGCCAUCCUUUCGGCCGAUGCCUCCGUCUCCGGCGAAGGCAGCAGCGACGCCGACCGCGAUGAAUGCGAUGAUGACAACGACAACGACGACGACGACGACGAUGAUGACGACGACGACGAUGACGACGACGACGAUGAUGCCGAGUCGAGCUCCCUCAUCGACUACUUCAACAAUCAGCAGCGCGAGCGACACUACCAGCUCCGGCGGCAGAGCCAGCGGCAGACCGCCGAGAUUUGUACCGCCGCCACCGCCUCCGCGUCGCUUGCUGCUCACGCAGACCGAUCUGGUCGCUGGUCCGGCCAAAACGGAGCCACCUCGAAGAAGAUCUGGCGCUACUGCUGACAGUGGCUGCUCGGUGGCUGCCGGCGGCGCCGCCAGCGCUUCGGACCCAAUCGCUACCGGGUCAAGGACAACGCCAUCAAUGCCACCGAGUACCAGCAGCUUGGCGGGGGCGGUGGCGGUGGCCCCAAAACGACCAUCCUCAACGAUAAUAGAGACCUGCCUGCUGGGGGCACCCAGGCCCGCCUCAGCCACUUCAUCAGCAACAGCCUCGAGGAUGGCAAAGUGUCCGCCGAUCCAGAUCCAGUCGCAGCCGCAGCCGCCGCCGAGGGAUCAGAGCUGCCCGGCUGCAGCCGGAGCACCGUCGGUGGCUGCACCAGACGCACCCACUACUGCCCCAAUGCCCCACGCUGGAUGCGGCCUAAGCCCAAGGCUGGAAAUGCGGCUGGCCCUCAAUCACGACAUCCUCGGGGACGAGGACUUGAUCUGCUACGAGCCUGGUCCCGAUCUAACAACUAUUCUGGGGCACGACCUCUCCACAUUUCAUCGUCUGACGGGGCGCGAUUUAUUGAGUCGUUCAGCCACGAACAGGGUGCAGCCAAAAGAGGCUGUCAUAUCGUACUCUCAACAUCGCAACUCAAAGAUGGACACGCCGACGGUGAACCGCCGGCCCCGCCCCCUCUCAGCGGGCGCCUUGGGCGGCUCCACCAGCAACAGCAAUGCGAACAACAGUCGCAGCAGCAGCAGCAGCCACGGCAACAGUCCGCUCGCCGGUGGUUUAACCCGUGCCGGCGUCGACCCGGCGGCAGCAGCAGUAGUGGGCCACCAGCAGCCGGGGGUGGUGGUGGGUCAAGCCGGUGGUGGAUCUGCUGGUCGAGCCGGCGGCGGGAGCGGAAACGGCGGCGGCAACAGCACCGCCUGCAGCUCCAGCAGAGGCGGGAGCAAAUUAGGCGAUCUGGAAAUCUUAGCGAGACGCGAGAAGAUAUACUCCAUGUCUCAAUCGAGGAGUGGCUGUCGAGUCAGGGAGACGACGUCCACGUCCACGACCACGACCACGACAACGACCACACUGAUGGCCAUGGCUACGGAGAUGCGUUCGGGGAUGGAUUCGCAGAAACGCGACUCUUCCUGGCCCAAACGAGCAGCUGCAGCAGCCUCUCUGACGAGGACGAGGAGUUCUACUUCGAUGGACGGAGCGGGAGCCAUCAGUACCACAACCACAACAACAAUGACUGAGGAGGCCUUCAUCGAGACCGAAGUGGGCAGAUCGAAGCGAUUAAUGAACUUUAUCAAGCGCCGCAACUCCGAGAUAACCGCCAGUAGCACCAGCAGCACCCCCAACUUCUCAGACGGCGCCUUUGGCGAACAGCCCCAUCCGAGCCACAGCCAGAGCAGCCUUCUUCUCCAGAAGCUGCCGACGGGUCAGUCGCUGGCCCAGGACUCAGUGGAGAUGGCCGCGCAAAUGUCGCCGCGCAAGGAUAACGACAAGCCAUCGCUGAAUCGCCGCCUGUGGAAGCAAAUCACCAAACGCAGACGCACCAACUCCGUGUCCCAAAUAGUCGCAGGCUAGGGGAAUGAAUCACCACCCAUCUUGUCCCAUCGUCCCACUUGUCCCCUCUGUUACUUUCACUUGACGUGUUGUGUGGCUGGAUCUCAGCCUCGAUGGCGGACAACAAUUUGCAAUUUGCACGGGACAGCCCGUCGAUAGGCAGUAAUCAACUGUAACCAUAUCACGGUGAUCUUCACGGGCUGUCCCACCGAAAGAACUGGCAACAGCUAAAGCUAAACCAAAACCGAAACCAAAACCAAACAAAAACUUAGUAGUACGUUAAGAAUUUUGAUACGACUUUGUAGCUAGCGAAUCCCCCGGAUCGCAACGAUACCGGGCAGCUCUAGGCGUCCAAUUGCGUCCAAAAAAAGAAAAAAGCAAAAAGAAAACGAUAAGCGAAAGCGACUAAACGAUAAAAACGAUAAGAAAUGAUGAAAAAUCGAUUCUCCUGCCAGCAGAGCCAAGGAACCGAGUCCCAGCCAAAUAUGAUAUAGACAACGAACGGCAGUCAGUUGGUAGUACUACUGGGCACACUCACUCACUCCAAACCAAAAACUAGACAUUGUAGGGCAUAAAACACACACUUAACACUUGACACUUAACACUUAACACACAACACAUAACACAUUACACAUAAAAACAGAAUUCAAGUCCAGCCAAAUGAAUUAGGAUCUAGAGGAGUUCGCAAACUGACUAUUUUUUAGAGAUCAUGAUUAUGUCUUAGCUUAGCAGUUUCGGGUUUAUGUUGCGGGAUUGAGACAGUGAAUUUGCCUUACGUAUCCAAUGAACUAUUGUAUGGGUAGCUUAACGUAGUAGUUUUUAGUCUUUAGUCUUUAGUAUUUAGUCUUUAUACACAUAACAUUUACAGCCUCAGCAGUUCGUAGUAGUCAGACGUUAGUAGUUGGUCGUAAUAAAAGUUUAAGUACUUAACAUACAUAAAUUCCACAUAAUUAAAUUUCUCAACUAUUUACAAACGGAACUUUUGCAUCAGUUGAUCGAAUGUAUAUGUAUAUAUUUAUAUAUAUCUAUACAUAGAGAGAGAGAGCGCAUUGGUAGUUCAUUUCACAUUGAAAUUGAUAUUGAAAUUGAAAUUGCAAUUGGAAUUUGAAGCGGAAUAGGAAUCUGUAUCGGAAUUUGAAUUUGAAUUGGAAUCGAGCACACGAAUGGCACGAAAAUUGUUGAACACAGCGGCGAGCUGGAAGAUGCUAACAAAUUAUACGAAUUAAUAACAAACGAUCAAGUACAUUUAUCAGCUUUAAUAGAAAAUCUAAUAUAUAUACAGAAUGGAUCUAAAUAGUUCUAGUUAUAGUUAAACAAUUGACAUAUGCGAAUUACUUUUGAAUAGUGAGUACGCGAUCGAGUGAUCGAGUUAUUAGGCAUUUAUCACUCACAUUCACUCGAAGCAUUCAUUGAUCCUGCACCGUUUACACCACGUGAGAUAUUCAGUAACUUAGUUCGUAAACUCAGAAAGAACAAACAAAAAACACACAAUGUAUUUUACGUACUAAUAGUGCUGAAGCUACUGCAAGUACGAGUAUAUAUUUAACAUCUGCGGUAUACAUAGAUUUUUUUGGUCAAUAUUUGAAUUUUACGAGUGUACUAGAGGGCAGGCGCGAAUUUCUCUUGAAAUUCGAUAAGAAAUUCAAUUAUUUAAAAAUAAAAACAAAACAAAACAAAACAAAAAAAGCAAAUUCCAAGG